CGUCAAUUCUGCCGUGUGCUAACCAUGGCGGCUGGCUGCAUGAGAGGGAAAUCAAGCCGGCUUUGCUGAGGAGCUCUUCGUCGCCACUAGGGCUAGAGGCGACUAGAGAUAGGGCGACGAUCGAUUCCUCCCCUUUCCACGCAUAGAUGGAUCGAUCGGGCGCUCUGGUAGGUAUCACGCGGAUCUGAUCUAGGCUAGAUCGUACAUUUGCGGGGAAGGGACAGGGAUUGCGAUCGAUCGAUCGUUCUGUGACCGAAAUAUCGCGGCUAGAACAGGCUAUUUGCAGGGUCGCAAAGAAAUUCUAGCACAGGGGCAGCAAGAAUGUCUGCGCCAGCGCCGAGUCCUCCAGCCGGGGGAGGAGGAGGAGCUCCACCGCCGGCUGUUCCAUCGGCUCCAGCUCCAGUGCCGCCAGCCUCACCUCCUCCUCCAGUAGCUCCCGUUGUUCCUUCCUCUCCGCCUCCUACUACUGGUCCUCCAGUCGUUUUACCACAGCCUGUGGUUCCAUCUCCUCCUCCUCCUCCUGUUCUUCCUGGCACACCUCCUGCUCCUCCGGCCUCUCCUCCGCCGGCUAUAGUCAAUCCUCCGCAAAAUCCAGCUCCAGGCACUCCAUCCGCGCCAACACCGCCCAUUCCAUCAACGCCAACGCCUCCUUCUCGAGGAUCUCCUCCGAGAACACCAAGUACUGGCAAUGGUGGUGGAAACCCAGCGACUAGCGAUAGCGGCGGCGGCGGCGGCAAUAGCCCGAUUACCACUGGCGCGAUUGUGGGGAUUGCCGCGGCCGGGAUUUUGAUCUUGAUCGUGCUCGCGCUGGUGGUUUGCUGCCUCCGAAGGAAGCCCAAGAGGAAGUAUAGACGAGAUGACCACGAGUAUGGAUCCGGGCAAUACAAAGCUGAGAUGUAUGAAGCUGGCAGGAGACCAAGACCAGAUCAUUAUGGCCACAAGCCUCCUCCGCCACCGCCGCCGCCGCCGCCGCCGCCGCCUCACAAGCAUUACGCGUAUGGCUCUCCAGUUCCGCCACCACCUCCGCCACCUCCGCCGCCACCACCGCACUAUAGCAGCUCGGGAAGCCAGGAUUCCUGGAGGCCAGUUCCGCCACCACCACCACCGCCCGGUAUGAGCCCGGGCAUGGGUAGCUCCAGGUCGUGGUUCACGUACGAGGAACUUGAGGCAGCGACUGCUGGAUUCUCCAGGGCCAAUCUUCUCGGCGAGGGUGGUUUUGGCUGUGUAUACAAGGGAUUUUUACCUGGUGGACAGGUUGUGGCUGUGAAGCAGCUUAAAGUUGGAAGCGGCCAAGGAGAGCGUGAGUUUCGAGCCGAGGUUGAGAUUAUCAGCAGAGUUCAUCACAGGCAUCUAGUGUCGCUGGUUGGAUACUGCAUUGCUGAUGCUCAGAGGCUGCUGGUUUACGAUUUCGUGCCAAAUGGAACGCUGGAGCAUCACCUGCACGGUAAAGGUAGACCCGUGAUGGAUUGGCCAACGAGAUUGAAAAUAGCUUCUGGUUCUGCUCGUGGACUAGCAUAUCUUCAUGAAGACUGCCAUCCUCGAAUCAUUCAUCGGGACAUAAAGUCGUCUAACAUUCUUUUGGAUAAUAAUUUUGACGCUCAGGUCUCUGACUUUGGGCUUGCGAAGCUCGCUUCUGACACUUACACACAUGUCACUACUCGAGUUAUGGGAACCUUCGGAUACCUUGCGCCUGAGUACGCCUCUACAGGAAAACUGACGGAGAAGUCAGACGUGUACUCCUUUGGAGUCGUCCUACUGGAACUUAUAACGGGAAGGAGGCCUGUAGAUACCACGCAACGUGUGGGAGACGAAAGCUUGGUCGAAUGGGCACGACCAUACCUCACGCAGGCUAUCGAGAAUGGCGACCUCGACGGCAUAGUCGACGAAAGACUAGCAAACUACAACGAGAACGAGAUGCUACGAAUGGUCGAGGCGGCUGCAGCCUGCGUUCGACACUCAGCCAGCAAACGCCCAAGGAUGGCACAGGUUGUCCGCGCUCUAGAAAGCGAUGGAGCAAUCUCCGACCUCAACCAAGGAGUAAAGCCAGGCCACAGCUCGAACUUCACGAGCGCGGACUACGAUAGCAACCAGUACGCCUCGGACAUGAAAAGGUUCCGAAAGGCGGUGUUUGGAAGCCAAGAACACGGGAGCUCCGAGCACAGUGGCCCGCCGACGAGCGAGUAUGGGAUGAAUCCCUCGGUGUCGAGCAGCGAAGGGAUGAGCAGCAUGGAGAUGGAGAGGCGGCGGGCCGGGUUGCUCAGGAGCUCGGACACGACGAGCUCCAGCGAGAUUAAUGCCAACACCAACACCAAUGAUCGUCUCAAUGGCCGGUAAAGUUUCGAAAGGAAAGAUCACAGGGAAGAAGAAAAGAUUUUUCUACAAGAACUUUUUGAUCAUACGACGUUGUCUCGUUUGUACAAUAUAUUUUAUCGACCUUGGAGAAUUUUUAGGGUU